GUUUGACCAUCGUUUGACAGUUAAAAAAGAAAAUAGCUGUAAACAAACAAUGAAUGGAAGUUCAGUUAGGAAUUAAAUCGCUAAAAUAUAUCAUGAGACGAUUACCUAUUAGGAAAAUCGCAAUUUUAUUGGGUUUUAGUUUUACACUAAUUUAUUUAUAUUCUUGGAUUAGUAAUGAUAAUGUGAAGAACUUUAUCAAUAGACCUCGAGGUACCGCGAGCACAAAAUUAUUAACGUUAAGACCUCAGAGUACUUUACCUCAGAAGACUGCCAUAAACAGGAUCGUUUUGUCGUUCGUCGUGUGUGACUCGAGAUUCAACGAAUCGCUGAAUGUCGUCAAAUCCGUGUUAUUGUUUACUAAGACUCCCGUGCACUUCGUCAUCUUCACAGACGACAAUCUUAAAUCUAAAUUCAAUGAAACUCUUAGCAACUGGAGAGUAUUGACUGAAUACCAGCUGGAUUUUGAGCUGCACAGCAUUAACUUUCCUGAAGAACAUGUUGAUGAUUGGAUGAACUUAUUCAGCAAAUGUGCUGCGCAACGAUUAUUCAUACCGAAAUUAAUCAGCCACAUAGAUGCCAUGAUCUAUGUAGACACAGAUACCCUGUUCCUGGGUGCCGCUGACGAGCUGUGGCACAAGUUCUCCCUGUUCAACAUCUCCCAAAUAUCUGCCAUGGCGCUGGAGAAUGACAACCCCAAUGUGUCUUGGUAUCCUAGAUUUGCAAAGCAUCCAUUUUAUGGGAAAUAUGGUCUAAACUCGGGUGUGAUGUUAAUGAACCUCACAAGAAUGAGGGACUUUGGUUGGGUGGACUAUGUCACCCCAAUCAUGCUGAAAUGGAAGUUGUAUAUACCAUGGGGUGAUCAGGAUAUAAUAAACGUGAUAUUCCACUACCACCCGCGUGCCGUGCUGGAGCUGUCCUGCCGCUACAACUACCGCACAGACCAGUGCAUGUACGGCGACGCGUGCGACGACGCGACCGCUGACGGCGUGUUCCUUCUGCAUGGCAGCAGGAAAGCCUUCCACUCGCAUAAGCAGCCUGCUUUUGAGGCAGUAUACCGCGCCAUCGACGAGUGGUCAGUCGGCGUGGAUCCCUCCGGCUUGCCGGCCGUCCUCGACCGCUAUUUCACGGAGGCGCCGGCCUCUCUCUGCGGCAACCUCAAGGACGCCUUCCUGAAGGUCCCUACGGCUACAAUAGCUAAGCUGCAUAGGAAACCUGACAGGUAGCCACUUCAUCUUACGAAGUCAAAGAACGAAGGGACCAUGACAAAGAAGUUAUUAUUAACGAGUCUGAGAACUGUGUAGCGGUAACAGGCGGUUUGGACCCUAUAUCAGUGAUGCGCAAUUUCUGAUGGUCAUCGAAAUAUCUGGUUAACGGGCCUAAUAAUUUCGAUCAGCCAACAACCUUUUGUUAGCUUUUGUUCUUAGAAAAAAAAUACGACAGAAACGCUAACUACCUAAUUAACAUUAUACGUGAAUUGAUUUUGUUUUGAAAGUGGUUCUGAUAAAAAAGUUUCACAUAUUUUAAUUGUUUGCUUAAAGUCGUAUUUGUCGCAAAUGUUUGCUAAUGCCCGUGGUUUGUAUUCAGUAGACUCCCUAAUCCUUCGGACCCAAUGUAGAAAAUUCAAAAAAAAUUAACCCUUCGUCUGUGUUUGAUAAGGAUCCUAACAUUAGGCGUUGGACUUUAAAAUAAUAUAUCAAAGUUAAUUGUUUUAUGACAAUUUUUUGACAAACACAGAUGAAGGGUAAGAGAACACACAUUUUCACUGGAGUUACUGCGUUAUUCAUGAACGAUUUAGGUAUAGAGGUACAUUGACUUAUGUAUUUGUGAGAAAGGGACAAAACCCAAUUUGACUUAUUGAGACCCGUAAGUUUUUAUGAAUAAGGCGUUUAGGACAUAACUAACGUCUUCUGACGAUGGAUGCGAUGGACGAGAGGAAGUAAACACAAUUUACCCGCGCAGACCAUUCCUAUCUUUGCCGCUAAUCUUAAUAGCUACCUUCACUACUUUGUCAUCGUGACAUAGUAGCUACCGUACAAACGUUACGAGGCUGCAAGGUGCUGAGUGAGACAGACCGUGCGAGAAAUGCCGGUAGGUAGGUACUUAAAUUCGGAGUUACCAAGCCAAAACCAGAUUAAACUACCAUUUAUUAGAGGGCUCGGUUAACCCAACGGAAGUCAUGCUGAUAGCAUUAAAGAAAUUGACACAUAAUAUUAAAGCCUAGACCUAGUAUAAUAGGACACAUAACAGCGAGUUUUUUUUUCCAAAUCUUAAAUUCAGAAUAAUUUUAAUUGUGGAAAAUUUGUGAUUUAGGUAAGACUUUUCUUAUUCGAAAAGUAAAUGCCACUUUUUGCUCGAGAUGAAACAGCAUAAAAUACAUAGGUCUCUAUUUAAUGUAAAUGUAACUACCUAAUCCAACAUUUCCGAUACUACGUCAGUCGUUUCAAGUGUAGCAAGUGUAGCAACCCAUUGGUGAGGUUAGGGAACAUACCCAAACUACGUGACCAUAUUUGACUUACAAGAUAAUAAUAUUGUCUUCGGUUACCGCGAUAGUUACUCAUGAAAUAAAACUAUGGAAACGGAUUAUGUCAC